UCUUUUUUAUUUUUUUUUUUUGAAGGAAAAUUACUAUUCCAUUUUGAAAAGGAAGGAAAGACCAUUCCAAUAUAACAAGAGAAAAAAUUUAAUAAUUUUUUUAUCAAUUUUUUUUAUGCAUUUUAAAUUUUAUUACAUUCCAUUCCUAUUCUUAUUUCCAUUCUUAUAUUUUUAUUCAUCUCAACCAAACACCACCUUAGAGUUGGCCUAAGAGACAUUAAAGUAUGUUUUAAAACAUUUCAAAUAAUUUAUGGUGCUAAAAUUAGAGUUUUAAUAGUAAGUUGUAUGUGGUAUGUGUUUUUAAUUUUUUUUUUCCAAUAUAAUGUUAAACAAACUGUUUGAACACUUAUUUUAAUAUCAUAAACUAUUUAAAAUUUCUCAAAUUUUUAUAUUUUAUAGGGAAUGAGUUUUGUCUCUUUUUAAAAAAUUAUAUUGCUUUGUUAUGUACUAUAAAUUUUAUUUUAUACUCUUUAAUUAAGGUGGAAUGUACUCUAAGCUCGGUAUGAAGUGCUUUGACUUCUAACUGUUAGAUCAACUCAAAUUUGAUCUAAUACCUUUACACAACUACUACCUACAUUCUUAUGGAGUGUUUGUUAUAUAAGUUAAACUUUGAAAGAGUCAAAUUUAACAGUAAUUAAACUUAAAUUAAGAGAAUAUGAAACUCAAAUAGUGUCGGAGGAGGUUAACACUUAACAUUACAAUCAAUUAAACAAGUUGGAGUCACUUGAAAAUACAAAUUCCUAAAUCAUUAAAAUUUAAUUUACCAAACAAACCAAUUGAGUUUGACAUUUUCAUUCCUCAUCAAAUCUAGCUCCAUACUAAACACCCCAUUAGUAGUAGAAUCUUCUUCUCAAAGUGGUGAUAGUUAAAACAAAGCUAAAAAAACAGAGCAAUAUUAUAUUAUUAUAGUAGAAAAAGAAAAGGCAAAGUAAGUACCUUUAUUUUAUAUAACUGCACAUAUAAAUACACAUUUUUAUAUUGAGUAAGAAAAGUGUAAUAACAAAAACAGUAACAAAUGUAGUUUGCCAAAAAUGGGAAAAUUCCAAAAGAAUUUAAAAACCCUAGACUGUCCCCAACUAUUUAUAACACCCAUAGACUUACAAAAGAUCACCUCUGCCUAGUGCCCUGUCCUCUCUUCUAUUACUCUAUCCUUAAACAAAAAACCCCAUGAUUCUUCCUCUUCUUCUUCUUUCAAAUUCUCAAAACAAAAACUCAGAAAUUAGAUGAGGCAAGUUAGAUCUUCUAAUACUAAAGGAAUGGUAGAAAUUGAUCAUCAUCAUCAUCAACAACUCCAUCUUCAUCAUCAUCAUCAUAAUAAUAAUCAUAAUAAAAAUAAACUCAUAGAAAAAGAAGAAGAUCAACCUCAUCUUUCUGGUGCUUAUAUUCGUAGCUUAGUAAAACAACUCACCUCAUCAUCAUCAUCACCAUCUUCUUCUUCAUCAUCAUCAUCUUCAACAAUGAAUCAAAUUCCCAUCAACAAAAACAAAAAAGAUCCAAACUUUGAUAAUGAUAUUAAAACCCCAAAUCAAAACCAAAACCAAAACCAACCUCACAAGAAACAAGUUAGGAGAAGACUCCAUACCACUAGACCUUACCAAGAAAGGCUUCUUAAUAUGGCUGAAGCAAGAAGAGAAAUUGUCACUGCUCUUAAAUUUCAUAGAGCUGCCAUGAAACAACAACAACAGCAAUCUCAACCACCACCACCGCCACCGCCUCCUCCGCCGUCUCCGCCACCGCAAACUCGGGUCAAUUCAAACCUCCCCUGUUUUGAAGAACAGAGUAAAAACCCCUUUUACUCAUAUCUUCCAAAUCCAUACCCAAACCCUAAUCCAUAUUCAUUUUCCCCAAUUCAACCCCAAUUCAAUUUCCCUCUACCCAACCAAACAUUGGGACUAAAUCUCAAUUUCCAAGAUUUCAACAACAUAGACACAACUCUUUAUUACAACAACAACUCAGCUGAGGUUAAGGCCUCAGCCUCAACUACUACUACUUUCUCUGCCUCCACCGUCUCGAUGGGAGCAGGAGGAAGUAGUGGUAGUAGUACUAAUCCCGGUCCAGUACCGGGAUUAGAUUUACAUGCAGCAAUGGAUGAUGAAGAAAUGGCUGAGAUCAGAUCGAUUGGAGAACAACAUCAGAUGGAGUGGAGUGAUACUAUGAAUUUGGUUACUUCAGCUUGGUGGUUUAAGUUCUUGAGGAGUAUGGAGAAUGAAAGUAAUGAUGAGAGUCAUGAUUAUUGUGAUGAUGGGGUUAAUGGGUUUAAGACAUUUGAUGAUGAGGUUAUGGAGUUUCCGGCAUGGUUGAGCUCUAAUGAAGCUGGGUUUGAUGAUCAUCACUGUUAUUUCUCCGAUGAGUUUUCUCAGGCUCCAGCUUUGCCUUGCAUGGACAUUGAAGAAAUUGAAGGUAUGGAUGAAGACUGGUUAGGUUAAGCCUCAAAAAAACAAUUUAUAUGAUUUUUUUUUUAAUUUUUUUUUGGGGGUUUAGAUAAUUAUUUUGGGUAGUUUUGGAAGAAAAAAAAAAGAGUAAAGAAAGUAUUUUGCCUUUUAUUUUGAGUUUGAGUUGAGACUACAAUAAGGGCUUUUGCCUAGAUUGAUGUCAAAGAAGGCAAGCCAUAGAAAAAAGAGAAGAAGAAAAACAGAAAUAAUAUGAUUGAAUUGAAAGAAAGUUUUUUUUUA